GCGGAUUAAAGAGGGACGUUGGCGAGAGCGGAUCUUUCUCUCAGCUCUCAGUCUGAGCGAGGAGCUGUAGAGUUCACUCAGCGCACUUUAAUCGUGGAGGGACGAAAAGCAGGCCGCUUUAGUCGGUAUGCCGCCCAAGAAAAAGGGUUCGGCGGACCGUCAGGACUCAGGGGCCGCUGAGGAGAAGGAGAAGAAUGCUCAGGUUCAGCUGGAGAAGGCCAAGUAUAAGCCUGUUGCAUUCGCUGUGCGCACGAACUACACCUACACUCCUGCCGAUGACGACAAUGUCCCAAUACCUGGACACGGGGUUUCCUUUGAGGCUAAAGACUUCCUGCAUGUCAAAGAGAAGUUCAAUAAUGACUGGUGGAUUGGGCGGCCGGUGAAAGAGGGAGGGGAGGUGGGUUUCAUCCCCAGCCCGGUCAACCUGGAGACCAUUCUCAUCAGGAGAGAGGUCCAAGCCAGGAAGGCAGCCAAAGCCCUAGCCAACAAAGCAGCAAGCUCUGCCAAAGAUGAUAUGAACUCGAAGAAAGUCACUCCCCCUCCGACAGUUCAGCAAGUGAAGAAGAAAUCGGGGGAGCAACUGGCAGCGUAUGACGUUGUGCCUUCCAUGCGCCCCGUGGUGCUGAUGGGGCCUUCCCUCAAGGGCUAUGAGGUUACAGACAUGAUGCAAAAGGCACUCUUUGAUUUUUUAAAACACAGAUUUGAAGGCAGAAUAACAAUCACUCGGGUGACGGCAGAUAUUGCUCUUGCUAAGCGGUCGAUCCUGAACAACCCCAGCAAACAUGCUAUAAUGGAUCGCUCCAACACGCGCUCCAGCCUCGACGCCGCUGCUCAGAUCCAAGGCGAGGUGGAGAGGAUCUUCGAGCUGGCCCGAAGCCUGCAGCUGGUGGUCCUGGAUGCGGAUACCAUAAACCAUCCCCUCCAGCUCAGCAAGACCUCCCUGGCCCCCAUCCUUGUCUAUGUCAAGAUCUCAUCCCCCAAGGUUCUCACCAGGUUGAUAAAGACCAGGGGAAAGAGUCAGACCAAACAUCUCAACGUUCAGCUGGUGGCUGCAGAUAAACUUGCCCAGUGUCCUAAUGAGAUCUUUGAUGUCAUCUUAGACGAGAACCAGCUUUCAGAUGCCUGUGAGCACAUAGCUGAAUACCUGGAAUCUUACUGGAGAGCCACCCAUCCUCCGGAGAUGGAGCCAGCCAACCCCCUGGUAGAGAAAUUGGCAGAGAACACACUCCCUACCAGCCCCACACCUGUUAAGGAGGAAACAAAAAGCAAGAGAACAGCAGCCACCAAGAGGAAAGGAUCUCAAGAGAACCAGUUGGAGCUGCAACCUCAGGCUGAGGAGCAGAGGGAGGAUGAGGAAGAGGAGGCAAGGGAGGAAGAGGCAGAAGAGGAGGAAAGGCUCUUGAGGAGUGAGCCAAAGAGACCACAGCAUAGCCACCAUCAUCACCAUCACCAUCACCACCACCACCACCGGACCAGCGCGAACCGCACCGAGCACCACAACCACCACCCUGCCCACCCACAGCCAGCGGACAUAGAGCUGAUGCCCAGCAAGGACUCUGUGUACACGGAGCCACGGAGCCGGCACCUGCAGCUGGAUGAGGACGAACUGGACCAAACUGAAGUGUACCAAAACAGGACUACAACCCUCAGAGACCACAACCACCAGCACCACAAUCACCAUCGUCACCGCCAUCACCACCACCGCGGGACCAUGGACAUUCACGAGGACCACUCCCCUCAUGGACAGGACUAUGAGCUGAAGCACAACGAACGCAACAGGCAGCACAGGCACCAGAGCCAGAUACGUUCCCACCACCACGAUCAGCCUCUACGGCCCUCACCACGAACAGCCAAUACGCUCGCAUCACGAACAGCCAAUGCGCUCCCACCAUGAACAGCCACUACACUCUCACCAAGAACAGCACUACAGCCUCCCUCAUAACCACUACCACUAUCAGAGUCGAGAGCGGGACAGGGACAGAAACAGAGAGAGGGAUAGGGACAGACGUGGGGAGGAUGGUAACUGGCCCAUGGAUAUGUACAUUCAUCGUUGAAUAAUGUGAACUUGCACUGCGUUGAUGCUGCUAAGUGAAAUGUAGGUGUAAUGCCAAUACUUGUACUGUCCAAAUGGUUCAACACAAGCAUGAAUAACAUGAAACAUAUACCUGCUAUGUAGCUGCAAAUAAAGUGUACUUAAGUGUUUCCAAAUAGUACUGGAGGCU